AUGGCGUCCUACAACCCACGCCCAAACCCCAACCGCGGAAAACAAGUCGCCGACCCAUCAAGUCUCAUCCUCGCACCAUCAAGCAUUCCGCCACCAACAGCAACUCAACGCGCCGACCCAGCAUGGAUGACCUCCUACCAGACCCGCGUCCAAGCAGACCCCCUUCAACGUCAGCUCGCUGCCUCCGCUGCCGCCACCAUCGCAACUCUGCCACCGAACACAACCAAGUCGCGCCAAACCGCGCCUGAAUUCCCGUAUGGCUUGCCCUCCUCCCUCGCUCACACGGACCUGGAGAAAGAGAUCGCCGUCCCCGACGACUACGCGCCACCCGACAACACCACUUCAGGACUCGGACAAUAUAGGUGGAAUGGAGUUUGGUACGAGAUCCGGGCUGACGAUCCACCGGAGUGGAAGUUGGGGUGCGCGAAGAGGAAUAGGCCGGGGAGGGAGGAUGUUACGGCCAAGCAGGCGAGGGUGAUUGACGGAGUGGGAGAGUCGCGAGGCGUGAGGAAGGCUGAGAAGGCGUUGUUUGAGGAAGGAGAGCAGGAGGACGCGGAUGGAGAGUAUGUUGAGGGCAACAAGAGGAAGGGCACGACCGUGGUUAUGGAUGGUGGAACAGUACGUCAGAGUCCGAGGACGACGAAGAAUACGAGCAGAGUCAUGGAGGAGAGUGACGAAGAGCUGGACGAGGACACGAUUGUGGUGCGGCACUGGUGA